AAUUGUAAUUUAUAUUUGACUACAGAAACCUCUCCACGUUUUGAUUGCACACAACACUAUAGACAAGCAAAAAAAAGGUAUGUUAUGUGCGUCUCAAGCAUCAACAACAACCAUUUGCUCAACCAUGGAUAAAACCUCACAACCUUCUUCUUCUUCUUCUUCUUCUUCAGCCACAAUCCGGCUCGGUGGUCGAGCCAUCGACCGUCAUAACCCAAUCAUACGUGACGGUCGGAGACUCACUCCUCCACCUUCUCCAAGCCUUAAUCCCUCUUCUUCGUCUUCUUCUACUUACCAUACUCCUCUCAAGACUAGAUUAGGUCUAGAGAGUAGUGAGCAAAAGCGUGUAGCGAAGAGGAAGAGCAAGAAAGGUGACUCUGACGUUGGUAAGUCACCGGUUAGUUGUUUUAGUAGUGACACUCCUCAGGGCUCUUCAAGAUACUUAUUGAGCAACCCGGUUCUUUUUGACGGGUUUGUGGAUUCCGACCCGAUUCAACUACCUAUUGAUGAACCGGAGAUAACCAAAGCUGAUGAUUUGGAUAACUUUUAUGAAGAUAGACUGAUCAUAAACGCCUCAAAGUAUGUCUCAUCUUCUUCUUCUUCUUCUUUCUUGGAUAAGAAGCAACCCGAUUUCUUCGAAGGGUUCUUGGAUUAUGAACCGGUUCUGUCUCCGGAUAAUCCUUUCUCUGAACCAACAAAAGCUUCUCCUACAGCAUCUCUAAGCUCACUUGAAGAUAAAGAUGAUGUUUCCUCCCCGGACUUCAAAUUCUCUCUUCCUCCUCCACCACCUACUUCUCCUCCUCCGCCGUCGCCGCCACCGCCAUCACAGGAGAAGAACUCCUCUUCCGAUCAAGUGGUUGUUCUGAGAGUGUCACUUCAUUGUAAAGGCUGUGCCGGGAAAGUCAAGAAACAUCUAUCAAAAUUGAAAGGAGUGACGUCGUAUAACAUAGACUUCGCAGCAAAGAAGGUUACUGUGACGGGAGACGUAACGCCGUUGACUGUGUUGGCGAGUAUUUCCAAAGUAAAAAACGCACAGUUUUGGCCUGAGAUUAUUACUCAGAACCACUGAGAAGAACCUUCAGGAUGAGACCAGCGGCGGUUCACAACGCACGAUCUUCGGAUUAUUAGUCCCUCCAUCAGGACCAAGCAGACGAACAUCUUCUCCGGAGCCGCCGCCGCCACCACAGAAACCAACCACGGUUGGUGUAAAACCAUGGUCACCAUCACAACGUGUAGCCUUCGGAAUGUUACCAAAAUACGUUCCAAUCCCACCAUCAGGACCAAGCAAAGGAGAGACUCCUCCAACGCCACCAGGCCCACCACAUAGAUCUGUAUAAUAGUCAGUUUCAUCUAACAUAUUCUUCUCACGUAGAAGAAGUAAUCAUGCUUUAAUAUGUCAUCCGCUAUCUUAUCUAUGUAAUAAAAAUUUGAUCUGUGAAUCUGAUCGAACAAUAAAAGUACCGUACCUAACAAAUACUC